AUGUCGUAUAGAUCCGUUGCUGAAUGCAGCAAGAAAGUAAUUGACUGGUUAAUUGGUGAAGAGCCAGAUAAAUGGUUUUCAACAAGUACUUUAGUUGAAUGGCACAAAGAUGUUGCAGCAAUUCACAUAAAUCAAAACUGUUUGGAAGCAACAAAAUCAAAAUUCUUUGCUUACGGAAUUAUAGCUGAUGAAUCUACACGAGGAGAUCAAAAAAUUUUCGUUAUUUGCUUCAUGUUCUGGAACUAUAUUGCCAACAGUCCGAAUAUAGUUUUACUAGAUUUAGAGGAUCUCAAAGAGUGUAAUGGUGAAUCUGUAGCAACUAGUGUUACAAAUACUUGCAAGAAAUACAACAUUGAUCCUCAACUAUGUCUUGCCUGGAGGACAGAUAAUACUGCUUAUAUGUCUGGCAAACAAGAUGGAGCUGUAGCUAUUUGGAAAGCUUACAGUGGAGACAGGAUUUUCAAAUCAAAAAUAUCCAUUCAAUCUUUUACAUUUAGUCUGACAACCCCACGACGGAUACAACGAAAGCAAUUAGGACAAUCCAAUGAAUAUGAAAAUGGAGAGCUCAAAUUACUUCCUGCAGGUCGACGUGCUCAUGAGAUACCCGAUGCAAUUCUUCAAUGGAUUCAAGAUGAAGAAUUUGCACUUUUGGUCAAUAAUUUAAUCUAUGGCGUAGAAAAAGCACUAAGUUCAUUUCAAACUUGGAUGGAAAAUUGGAUGCGUUUACCACUCAGCUUAUGCCGUUUAGAAGCAAUAAUGGAAGAAGAUAUAGACAACAACUCAGAAUUCAACGACUUUGGUCUUUCUCUUACUCUUAAAGAUUCCAAGUUCUGUGACGAGUUUCUCCAUUUCGCAAAAUCUUUGAAAAGACAAGUAUAUGAAUAUUCCUUGCUUGGCGACUAG